UAGUGUAUUUAUAGAUGCGUACAUCUACAAGAAAAUAAGAGACUUAUUGCAUCGGGUAGCACUAACUAGAAAAGAUACAAAGUGCGUUCAAUAGUUCUCUAUACCUUUCAACGACUUUUCCUUCGUUGCACAACAGAACGUUUCUCAUUUAUUCCACGAAAGCUUCGUUACGGAUCUUCGUGUUUUUUCUCAUCUCUUUUUCUUCGGACAUCUCGUUCUCGCGACAAAAGGAAACGUCGUCUAAAAGUGUCGUUGAAAAAUAACGGCCCUCGCCGUCUACAUAGUAGACUAAUGUAAGUUACCUUAUGCAGUUGGGACCAUUUUUUCAUUGGUACGAAUUCAUUUUAGGUCAUCCUUUUGAAAAUGAUUACAUAAAUUGGUAUGUAUGUGUAGUAUGGUCGAAAGGGUGAAAGGGGAAACAAACCGGAGGUGAUCGUCGUCUCGUCGUCGAGAACGGACGAUUCCUACAGUUGGCUACCUAACACUAACAUGUGAUCAGUUUUAACGAGCGAGGAAAAGAAAAAGAAAGGGAGUGAGAGAAGAGGAGGACAGGUGGGGUUAUUUCCCAGGUACACGCACGCGAUGCCCCGGACUCGAUGCCCAGCUUUAACGUUAAAUGGUGGGGGAAAUUUAGGUUACUCGUAGCACCAAGGGAAUGUGGGCCGACUAUAUACUGGCUCAUCACGAUCCUCCGUCAGUUCAUUCCUUCUUUGUAUUUCCAAUUCGUAAGACCGAUCUUCUUUCUACCUCUCUUCCUCAACACUCUCGGCCUCUUUCUGCCAAUCGCCGUUGGAUUCUUCUCGCGUACGAGAAAUCCUUUCCGAUUUAUACUGCCCGAGUUUAUAUCGGACAGGAAGAGAACAAGAAUAAAAAGAAUAAAGGUGAAGAAAAAGGAAAGGUGUUUAUUACAAGGUUUUUUUUAAGUUUGAGAAUAUGAGGGUCGCCAUCUGUUUGCUGUUCCUCAGCGUAAUCGUCGUGAACGCUCAACGCCGAUUAUCCUUGCCUGAUCCACGAAGUUGUUCAAAUCGCGUUCGUCACGCGAGUUACAGGGACGCAAGGGGCGUCUCUCAUUCGUACUUCUUCAGUUGGGAACAUUUACCAACUAGAAGCCUCGAAGUGGACUGGCUUGAUGCUCGUAACAUUUGCCGUCGUCAUUGCAUGGACGCGGUAUCUCUCGAGACACCACAAGAGAAUGAAUUCAUCAAGCAGAGAGUAGCCAGAGGGAACGUGAGGUACAUCUGGACUUCUGGACGUAAAUGCAAUUUUAACGGUUGCGACCGUCCCGAUCUUCAACCGCAAAAUGUCAACGGAUGGUUCUGGUCUGGAUCCGGUGCUAAAAUCGGACCGACCAGCCAACGUAAUUCCGGAGAUUGGAGCCAUACUGGUGGAUACGGUCAGCCACAGCCAGACAACCGCGAGGCUGCUCAGGGCAACGAUGAAUCCUGCCUGUCCAUUCUCAACAACUUCUACAACGACGGCAUUAAAUGGCACGACGUUGCCUGUCAUCACGUAAAGCCAUUCGUUUGCGAGGACAGCGACGAGCUCCUGAAUUUCGUCGCCUCUCGAAACCCGGGAAUCCGUUUGUAAAGGUGUAAACGCAUUCAUCGAGAGACAACCCAGACGAAAUCCCACAACGGACGAUAAACGCGAUAAUUAAGAUGAUAUCGCUUCGCGGUUAUCCCAUAUUGACGUUUAUUUAUGAUUUACUAACCGAUUAUUGUUUUAAUACGAAAUUUUGAGACUCGUUUAAAUUUUGUGCGAUUCGUCGACGAGGAGACGGAAAAAAAAAAAAUCUGAACGAUUGGUAAAGCACGUACACACGAAGUUAAGUGGUGUAGCAAAAAAGUAUUAUAUAUUAUAUACAAUAUAUGUCAUCAUUUUGUACCUUCCCUUUUUUCU